GCUCGCGCCUACGCCCGCCGCCUCGCUUCACACACGCCCCCGACAAGAUCAUGAAGCGGGCUCAGGGCAAACCCGCCGCCCGGGGCUUCGAUACCGGUGCCCGCUCCGGAUUUGGAGGGUUUGGUGGGUUUGGCGCUGCUGCAACCGGCAGCUCGCUGUCGUACCUCGCCGAACCUCCCUCGUUUGCUGCCGUCUCGGACCCGAAUGUCGUCGUCUCUCUGAAGAACAUUUUGAAGAAGGAUAGCACUACCAAGUCCAAGGGGUUGGAGGAUUUGCUGGCCCAUGUUCUGGCUAACCCCCAUGAUAAGGAUGGUGGGGUUGAGGAGGCCGUCCUCGAGGUUUGGGUUCAAGUAUACCCCAGAACAUCGAUCGACAACUCCCGUCGAGUCCGUGAACUUUCCCACAACCUCCAGCUCGAGCUCAUGAAGUCGGCCCGCAAACGAUUCGAACGUCACAUUCCAAAAAUUGUCGCUGCUUGGCUCGCCGGUCUCUUUGACCGAGACCGGAUUGUUUCCAGAGCUGCUAGCGAUGGCCUUACUUCUUUUCUUACAACUCCCGAAAAGAUCUCGGCGUUCUGGAACAAGUGCCAACCCCAAAUCCUCGACUACGCGAUCGAUGCUAUACAGGAGACACAAGACACCCUCAGCGAUGAACGAUCAACGACCCCGGAGGAUUCAGAGGCAAAAUACUACCGAGUCGUCACGGCUAGUUUGUCUCUGGUUCUUGGUCUACUUCAGAGAGUCGAACCCGCCAGCCUUGAAAAGUUUCGAUCCCGAUACGAUGACUACUUUGCCGAGGAAAAUGUCUGGAAAACAAUCACCUUCAACGACUCCAGUGUUAGAAAGACUUCCUGCCAGUUGCUCUUUGCCACCAUUGAUCGAAAGUUGCCGUACGCCGAGUCCAGCAAGGUCAAGCAGGCAUUUAUUACUGGCGGCCUCAAGACCAACCAAGCAGGUUCUGCCCUCGAAUAUGUUCGUGCAUUAACAAAGAUGACACAAUCAUACCCCGACGUGUGGUCCUCGUCUAAGUCGCCAAGUGAUCCUAAAUCGCCACUCUCUCGACUUAUGGCCUUUAUCGCCAAGGGAUCACAAGGUAGUCAGCCAAGGUUCUGGGAAUAUCUGGACCAGCUGCUUUCCAUCUUGCCUGCUGAUCAACUGACGCCCGAGGUUGCUUCCCGUCUGUUGGCUUCGCUCAAGUCUGGCAUUACAAAUCGAGAAGAGCCUCGGACAAACACCUCUCCGGCAUGGAAAUGCUACAUCGAUACCGCGAAGCGCCUACUAGGUGCCCUUCCUGUCGACAGUCAGCUACCGUUUGUCCAGGAGCACCUUUUUCCUCUCAUCGAACAGUUCCUCUUUUCCGUUUCAGAAAAGACGGCCGCCAUCCCUCUUGGACCAAAUGCGGUAUCCGUGCUUGUCGAAGCCUACAUUGCCACUGUCCAGUCGUCACCUCCGGUCGUUUCGGCAUCAGCCGAGGAGUGGAAUCGCCUGGCUAGCGUGUUUUGUGCCAAGAUUUCGGGGUCCCUUCCUGAAGUCUCUCGGGAAUACCAUCAGUCUCAGGAAAAGAUUGCUGAAGAAGGCCGGCGCUGGUUCAGCCUUGUGGGACAGAUUGAAGACAAAAUCACCGCCUUGGAUCUUCCGGACCACGGAGCCGCACCUUCAAACGUCGUGAUUUCUCAAAGCAUCGCCCUCUUGGAAAGUCGCAACAUGAAGCCUUACGGUGCCGCUCGAAUUCUCGAGUAUGCUCUAAGCACCGCUCCUCGCUUGUUUGUCGGCGGCGCAGAGAAAAGAGUGUCCAGCUUUCUCCUUUCGCUCACUGAAGGAGACACGGCCAAGGCUGUAGCCUCUCCAUCGUCUCGGUAUCUUCUUUCUUGUAUCCAUCUCCUUGGAGCCGUCUCGGACGAGCUCGCCACUGUCUGGACUUCUUGGGUCAAGGCUAUUUUGGAGCUUCCCUCUGGAUCUGCCCGUGACUCUGCACUUGCGUCUCUCAUCUCCCGAGACAGCGGAUCAGCUCUCGCCCAAAAAGACAAAGAAUUGCAGGAUCACAUCGUUUCUCAGUCCGUUGCUCUGGCUAGGGGUGAUGCAGGUUCUUGGGAGGUGCUUGAAGCGGCUGUUACCUAUCAAAGCCUUACAGACGACAGCUACCGACAUCUCGUGCAACAGCUUGUCUCCGUCCUCGACAAGGAGCCCCAGCAUACCGAGCCUACAUUGAGAGCUCUCGAAAUUACCGCCAAAGGCAGACCCGAUCUCUUCUCACAGGACGAGGACAUCCACACCACCCUAGUUGCCCAAUUGCUGAGUCUCUCCGAAAUUAACGACCCUACCAUAUCCCCCAAAGCCACAACUGUUCGCUCUUUGCUUGACGGCCAUGGCGAUGGAAAGUUGCCCGUUGUCAGCAUCAUUCAAUCGAACCUCGAAAGUGCUGGGCCACAGUCUUUGGAUAUCGAGACACUCGUUCUCCAAGCACAAAGUGCUGCAACCAAUACUCCCUUGGAGGAACUAUUCCCUAGUACCAACGUCUGGAUGACAGAGCUUACACCUUUCUUGGAGCAACCUGUCAACCCAUCGCUAACAAUCACCAAUAACCUCGGCGGUGCCGCCGCACUCGCAGAAGUUCCCGAAGCUGCCCCAGUUCGAGUACCCCGGGACAGAAAAGGUCGUUCCAUUCCCAUGAGAAUGGCCCUUUACGUCUGUCAGCUUUCAGAGUCCAACCUUUUGCUCUCCCAACUACCAAAGCCAUUCCAAGUGGAACUUCUCUAUCUGCAAUGUCUGACUGUCCAACUGGUCUCGGAUCAAAUCACUUGCAUGGAAGAAAAUCGACUUUGGAAGACGGUAGGACACUCCGAGGCCAGUUCCCAAGCAGAGGGCUUCGUCUCUUCGAUGCGCCACGUCCUAAGUACCUUGACCUCGGAGGUGAAGACCUGGGACGACUCUGUGGUUCACGACCUCGUCAAUCUCUUGAUGGAACACUCCAAAGAAUUGACACCACGGGGUCUGUACAGCGCGAGGGCUCUGGGCGAGUUGUUUCAAUCCUUGACAGAAGCUGGCGUCGUACCUCAUCUCGAAGAGUCGUUUCUGAAGCCCGAGGUUCUCAAGAUAUCGCCUGUGACAGUCUUUUUGGCCUCUGCACUCAUCACCGGAUUUGGCGAGACUCUCCAGCCUUCCAAGCCGGCCAACAACUUUGCCAACCGGGUCAUCAGCGAGGUCGCUGGAGCAACUCCUCAGGGAGCAAAGACUCUCAUGACGCUGGUUCUCCUCUCCACAUGCGCUCAAGUCUACGAGCUUGGCGAAUUACCUGUGGCCAACAACCGAAUCGUCUUUGCCGUUCGCCAGAUUACAUCCUGGUUGGAUGAACCCGAGAGCCUGAGCGCGCCUCUCUGUGCUGAGAUUUGCCGUUCCCUGACAUAUCUCCUCCCAUGUAUGAAGGAUGUGUACGGAUCAUAUUGGGAAAAGACCAUCGGAUUUUGCAUCUCGCUCUGGAACCGCGCCAAUGAUUACAAGCUUGACCAGGCUCUCCCUUUCAUUCAUGCAUCACUGAAGCUGUUCAAGACGUUGGAGUCCCUCCAAGAACCCAAUGAUGAUCUCGUCGACGUCAUCAAAGAGUAUGCCAGCGCCAAGCCUCGAUCGUUGAUUGAACUGCUGCGGCUCUCGAGAUACGCCACUUCUCAGCCCUUGGAAAUUGUCGACGCCAUGCUCUGUCGGGAGGUUGACAAAAUCCCCCUUCGACACAUCUCCGACUUGUCAGACAUUUUUGGGCUGGUGGCUUCGGAAUCCCGAGACAUUCAGACUGCGGCCUUCAACCUCCUCCACAAGGCAAUUCCUGCACAGCAAGAGCAGAGAUCUGUUGACGUUUUGCUGGACAAGACAGAUGCUCGAUUGCCUGACGAACUUCUCUCGCUCCUGCUGGAUGCUCCAACGUUAGAAAAGUACUCGGAUGAGAUGCUCGCCGAAUUCCCUUCACCCAUCCGCGCAUACCUGCUGUCGUGGAAACUAGUCUUUGACGCCUACUCGACGUCUUCGUUUAAGAUUCGAAACGACUUUACCGAAAACCUCAAGAUGGACAACACUUCUGGGCCGCUACUGGACUUUAUGUUUGACGUCCUCGGACACUCAGCUGCCCAUCCGCUAAAGCUGGAAAGGGUCAACCUGAACCCCGAGCACAUCAGCGACUAUGAUGUCAAGCUUGCAGAAUCGGAGCCGGAGGAGAAGAACAUGCAGUGGUUGUUGGUCCACCUGUUUUACUUGACGCUCAAGUACACGCCCGGCCUGUUUCGCGCGUGGUACAUUGACUGUCGGUCAAAGCAGACCCGAAUCGCCGUCGAGUCUUGGACAACCAAGUACUUUUCCCCUCUAACAAUCUCAGACACAUUGGAUGAGGUUCAAGAGUGGGCAGAUGGACAGGAGCCCCCUGCCAUGGACGAACAGGAACUUGUUGUCAAGGUUGCCAGAGCAGCCAGAGAGGUAACGGCAGGCUACGAAGUUGAUGAAAGCCAAGCAGCCAUUGUCAUCAAGGUCCCUCCCAGUUAUCCCAUCGAGGGUGUCACUGUUGCCGGCCUCCAUCGCGUCGCUGUGAGCGAAAAGAAGUGGCAGAGCUGGAUCAUGACGACCCAGGGCGUCAUCACCUUUUCCAACGGCAAUAUCAUCGACGGACUUCAAGUGUUCAAGCGCAAUAUUGUCGGUGCGCUCAAGGGACAGAGCGAGUGCGCCAUUUGCUACAGCAUCAUCUCGACCGACAAGCGCAUGCCCGACAAGCGCUGCAGUACGUGCAAGAACCUGUUCCACCGAACAUGCUUGUACAAGUGGUUCCAGACCAGCAACCAGAAUACAUGCCCACUGUGCAGAAACCCCAUCGAUUAUUUGGGCUCUGACACGGCAAAGCGGAGACUGUGA